AUGGAGCCGCUUCUUCUGCCAUGGAACGCAGAUAUUCCCUCAUUCAGUGAAGAUGUCAUCGAAAAGGUUGAAGCUCUCAUUCAACUUUGGACUUUUGCCAUUUACUUUCAACACAAGCCAAAAUCUAUGCAGCAAAUUCUAACAGAGAAUAAUUAUCCAGAAUCUGUAAUCAGCGGGUUUUUCAAUGUUUAUCUAGGAGAGAAACUCGUUGACGUCAUCGAAAGGAUAUCAUCACACACAUCUUCUGGAAUUCCACGCGUUCUCAACACUGAAUGGCUAUCGCAGACAAUUAUUUCCAGGAAUGGCUGCCCUGGAAGUGAACCUCAGAUAACCCUGACAAUCGAAACUAAUCAAGGCCAGAAGCAGCUUCAACUAUCUGAAAAGCAGAUUAAAAAGCUAUACUAUGCGACCAACGAUGUUCAAAACUCUUUAGAUAAUCUAUUAAAGCGCUAA